AUGCUCCCCCCGCCCCCCGGGGAUCUCAGGUGAGGGAACUGGCUGCUGCCCUCAGACACCGGCUCCUAGCUCCAAGGCUCACUGGUGUUUGAAGAUGAAGCUGAGAGUGAGAGUGUGGAAGCAGACAUGUCGUCUUGAGUUAGACGAGGAGAAUCCGACACUUGGAGACCUGAGAAGCAAGGUGUCUGCCUCGCUCCUCCCAUCUCUCAGUUACAGCAAUGAAGUUAUGUUUACUAUAACGCUAAAUGGUAGUGAUGCCCUCACAGACGAUCAGAAUACUCUGAAAUCCUAUGGUAUCAUCUCUGGUGAUCUGAUCAUUGUGCUGUUGCCAGAUUCUCUACACCCGGUCGAUGCCUUGUUACAUCUUCAGGAUCAGCCGGGUUCUGUCAUCGUCCCUGAGAGUUGUGCCUCCUCCAGCAACACCACCUACAAGAGGCAGAAGUCCCAAGAUGAUAACAUGACCACAGGGGUCCAUGGUACAUUUAAAGCUAUGGCAAGGACUCCAGGUUCAGAACAGGAAGAUUUUCCCGGUGAGCAGUUUGUGAUGGAAGAAGGGACCAGCUCUCCUUGGGAGCCAAUGCUAUGCAGUGAGGCUGUAGAUGGGAAGAUACCACACUCCCUGGAGAAACUCUACCAUGUGGCAGAAUGCACUAACGCUAACGAUGCCCUGAUUGUUGUCUUACAUCUGUUAAUGCUGGAGACUGGGUACAUCCAACAGGGUGCAGAAACCAAAACCCUUGCCAUUCCAGAUCAGUGGCGCGGUCAGGGUGUGUACAAACUUCACUAUUCUCACCCCAUGUGUGAUGAAGGCUCGGUGACACUAUCAUGUGUUCCCAUGGGAAAACUUCUUGUUGUCAAUGGAACUCUAAAGAUUAACAAUGAAAUGAAAAGUGUCAAAAGGCUGCAGGUUUCCACAGAUUUGUACAUUUCAUUCCCACAACAAGAUAACAAUGUCACCUCCGUGUAUAAAGACCUUCAGAAAUUAUCACGUUUGUUUAAAGACCAACUGGUGUACCCUUUACUUGCAGCCACUCGACAAGUACUAAACCUCCCGGACAUGUUUGGACUUGUGGUCCUCCCCCUGGAAUUAAAAUUGCGUGUUUUCCGACUCUUGGAUGUGCAGUCUCUCCUCUCUCUGUCUGCCUCCUGCCGAGAAUUAUGUGCCGAUACUGAAGACCCUUCACUGUGGCGAUUCUUUUACAUGCGAGAUUUCCGAGAUCCUAUUCCCAGGAGCCAGGACACAGACUGGAAAGAGCUUUACAAGAAGAAACACAGACAGAAGUGGGAGACAUUACGAUCAAGACGCAUGAUCUUCAUUCCUCCAGUACCACAUCCUCUCCCUUUCCAUCCCAGUCCCUAUUACCCCAGCUCAUUUCCGCCACCCAACACAUUCCCACCUGGAAUUAUUGGUGGAGAGUAUGAUGAGCGCCCAGUUCUUCCCUUGGUUGGAGAUCCCAUAACUUCUUUAAUUCCUGGCAUAAGCCCCACCUCUGGACGCUUCCAUCCAUUCAGGCCACACUUUGACCCAGUGGGGACACUUGCAGACCCAAAUCCAACACUUCAGGGCCGCAGUGGUCCCCGUCCCAGUAGAGGGAGAGGUCAUGACACACGAAGGGCAUUUAUUUGAACUUUUAGUGAGUAAUAAAUACCAGACUGCGGAUAGAAGAAUUGUACAUUCUGUUCUGUGGCUUAAACCAAAGGUGCAGUCAGCGUGUCUGUGAAUACUGUUUUUCCUGCACCAAUUAGGAGGCUUACUUGACAUGCUAGUUAUUUGCACCGUACUGCCUUUUAAUUCUUUAACAAUCUUUUACGUGAGAUAUCAAAACAAAACCAAAAACAUAUGCAGCAAGAGAAUGACCUGCCUAGCAGAAAGGCUUAUUUAUGAGCAUUUACAAGAGAGUAAAGCUGAAGAUACAUACUCUUUAUAUUAAAAAUGGCAAUUUAAGCAGCAUAAUGAUUACAUUUUUAUUUAUAAAACAUUUUACCAGGAAAGAUACAUUGAGAUUUCUCUGUGUAGUGGUUAUGCUGCCUAGAGUCAGGGGAUGGAGUCUCAAGCUUUGUAUCAACUGUUUAGGAGCAGUUUGACCAAAAAACAGGCUGAAAAUCGCCCCAGACUCAGCCACUUUGAUAACGCAGAAUUAACACUUCCACUCUAUCAAUGUUCUGAUCAAUCAAAUUAUAUCCAACCUGGACCGGUGGUUGACUGAGAGUGCUGGUGCUGUCCUUCUCUCUCCGAGCUUGUCAUUGCUAUCUAGGAUGGUACCAAAUAUUUCAGUUUGGUGAAAAAUCAUUCUUGCUGUUGAUUUUCCAUUUUCAGGCGCUAAUCUAUUUUUUUUUUCUACUGAAUAAUAUAUUAAAUCUGUACUAUAUAUGUAA